AGCAACCCAACCCCACAAAAAAUUGCAUACCACAACAAAAACAAAUGGGGGAAGAUCUCCAUCUCUCCACAUGACCUGGAUUUCUCACACCACCUCCUCCUCCUCCUCCUCCUCCUCAGAAAACCCUAAUUUCACCUCUCCUUCUGUAGUAUUCUCCUCUGUCUCCAUCUCUCUCUCUCGCUCUCUUCUCCCUCGAAUCUCCCAAAGACAUGGAAAUUCAGAGGUUAGAGUGCACGUAGAUGGAUUUGCAUGUUGUGCCGAUUGAAGAAUUGUUCUCGCCGAUGAGCUGGAGCAUCUGAUCAUAAGGGGAUGAUGGAGGGUAAUCUAUGCGAUGUCAAUCACUUGGAUGCCGAUGUGCUUUUGCCCCCGAGGAAGCGUCUGCUCGCAGGACUGAAGAGGCAGAAUGGCGAGAGCGAUUGUGCUUCUCAUGCCUCCUGCUUUGCCUCGUCGUCAUCAUCAUCACCGUCAAGUGUGUUCGAUGCUCAUCUGAAUAAUUUGUUGCGUUCUCAUGCCGGCGAGUCUGACCUUUCACCUGAAGAAAUUGUGGAGGCAUCAAAAUCAGCAGCUGCAUCUAAAGCUAAAGCUGCAAAGGCUGCGAGAGCUGCAGCGGAAGAGAAGGCCGCCAUUGCAGCAAAGGCAGUGGCGGCUGCCAAAAGCGCUUUGGAUUUGGUUGCUUCUUUUCCAGAAGAAUUAGGAAACAAGGACAGGACUCUAAAAAGGAAUAAGCUGCAAAAGCAUGUUCCAGUUCACUCUUUGUACAGAAAUCAGAGGGCUGUUGAAAGUUGUGGGGAAGACGAAGAACUCGCACGAAAGCUGCAUCGAGCUAUAAAUAGCUCUCCUAGGAUUUCAAAGAAUUCAUCGAGCUCUGACUCUAAGGGUCAGAGGAAGAGACCCAGAAUCUUGCCUAAUCUAGAUGAGGCUAGGGUUCCAAAUGCAGGUGUAGUACCGGGGGAGAUUUCACCCAAGUGCAACGGACAUGCUGUAAUGGGUGAGAUAGAUUCUGAGGGAUCUACGUAUGAGGUGAACGUAACUAAGGUGGACGAAAAUUGGGAAUCCAGUCGGUCGAAGGAGAGAGUUUGGGAUGAUGGGUGCAGUACUGGUAAAAAGAGGGGAAGAGUGAAGUUAAAGAAGUUACCUUUGAGCAUCUGUACUUCUAAAGAUCAGGCAAACCCGAAGGACGAGUCGAACAGUAGACGCUCCCCAUCGAGUGAACAGAAGACGGGCAAGCCUGUUGCUGGCAAUGUGCCUUUGUUUUCUGUAGAACCUUCUAUGGAUGGUGUGAGGCCCUUCGAGACCACUCCAAUUUGGAAGUGUCAGGAGUUUAAGGCUCCCGCCUGUGUCAAACAAAAUAAAGUCGUGCAGUCGUAAUGUGCGAUAAGCAAAUUUUGUUUGUGACCGUUAUGAUAAGAGUCGAUAGCUGAAAUAGAGGUCCCGAUAUACGUUUGAGAGAACGACCUUUAUUUGAUUUUUUUGACCUUCUUUUUUGCUGCUUUCCCUUUGUUUGUAAUCAAUUGAACACAUGCAUGUAUAUUACUAUUUGUAUGUUCUUUUGCUUGAA